CUCAACAUUAGUUUUAUUCUGUUUUAAGUUGAUAUUGGAGGUUUAGUUGUGUGAUUUUUUGUGUAGUACAAAAGGAUAAUAAUUGAAGUGAAAAUGUUUCUUCUUUUAUUCUUCGUCACAUGCGUUGUUUAUGCCUUUUUUGUAAUGGCAAAACAAAGAAAGAAAAUGAAGGUUCUCGAACCUCCGUCAUUGCCUGGAAAACUACCUAUUUUAGGCCACAGUUACAUAUUAUAUGGUGAUAAUAUACAUACGUGGAACGUUCUAAAGUGGGUUUCACAGGAGGCACUCACUAAGGGCGGCGUCAUAACAAUGAAUAUUGGCCCUCGACUUGUUUACGCCAUCACAGAUCCAGACGACUUAUACACCGUGGCUAAUAGUUGUUUAUUAAAAGAUUACUUCUACAAUUUCGCCAAGCCUUAGCUUGGAAAUGGAUUAUUCAGCGGUAGUGGUCCCGUAUGGAGACGACAUCGAAAACUGCUGAAUCCAGCAUUCAACCAACAAGUCCUGGACGGAUUUAUAGGCGUCUUCAACGAUCAAUCGAGACGGCUUGUGGGCCAAUUGCUUGUGCAAGUAGGGAAAGGUUCCUUCCCCCACUUGAAGUAUCUAUCCGUAUAUACUUUGGAAACUGUUUUCCAAACUGUAUUUGGCGUAAACGAAAAAUACAACGAUUUAAUAGGCGAAUAUUUGAGCAGCAUAGCACAAAUGCAAAGAAUAUUCACGGAAAGGUUUCAGAAAGUAUGGCUUCACCCAGACAUAUUUUAUAAUAUGUCGCAAUUGAAAGCUACGCAAGAUAAACACGUCAAAUUUCUUCACAGAUUCUCUAAUAUGCGGGUGCUCGAAAACAGAAAGUUACAAAUGGCUAAACGAAACAUAAAUAAUGCACAAACUGAUGGUCAAAACGCAAAUGGAGGUAAAUUCAAACCCUUCCUGGAUUUACUUCUUGAACUUUCGAAUAAUGAAGAAGUGAUCACAGAUAAGGAAAUUAGAGAAGAGGUUGACACGUUUAUGAUAGCUGGAUACGAUACUUCUUCCUACGUCCUUAUGUACACUCUUAUGGCCAUCGGAACAUAUCCACAAGUGCAAGAAAAAAUAUAUAGAGAAAUACAAGAUGUUUUAGGAUAUUCCGAUAGAGACGUUACCAAGCACGAUUUACACAAAUUAGUUUACUUAGAAGCAGUUAUAAAAGAAACCUUGAGACUGUAUCCGAUUGCACCCAUCGUUUCAAGAUAUGCUGAUUCUGAUGUGAAAUUAAAGAACUAUACGGUGCCAGCUGGAUGCAGCGUAUUUUUGUUAUUUUGGGGCAUGCAUCAUCAUUCAAUCUGGGGCCCUGAUGCAGAACAGUUUAACCCUGAAAGAUGGCUGGAUUCAACCACAUUAUCAACGAACUUAAAACUUUUCGCGGGAUUCAGCAUUGGAAAAAGAAACUGUAUAGCAAAAACAUUUGCAAUGAUGUCGAUGAAGACUACAAUUACACAUCUACUAAGACACUACAAAGUUAACGCAGAUAUUUCUAAGAUCACCUUGAAAAUCGACGUUAUGCUCCAACCAGCCUCUGGAAGUGUUAUAAGUUUAGAUUUAAGACGCCCUAAGAACCAUAUUGGCUGUUAAAUAAAUUGUAAAGGAAUGGAGAAUACAGCCAAAAAUUUAGUGAAUACUAUUAUACUAUUAACUACUAUUAUAUAAUAUUUACUCUAAAUAUAAGUAAGUUGUACAAUAAUGUAUUUCAAUAGUGAGUGAAUGUUAAUUUCAAUUUAUUACAGUUACAUACUUUAUAUAAUAGUUACAUUUUUAGAUAGAAUUAUGAUAUCGUGUAUAUAUUUUCUAUCUACUUAACGACACUAACCUGGCCAUAAUUCAUUUUAUGAAUAAGUACAUCUCGAAAUCUCGUUUCUUUUAAAAUUAUUACGGUUUAUUAUAAAACAAGCGAUUUGAACCAAAAACUUACUAUAUUUUUAUAUUAUA